AUCUAUGUCAUACCAUAGAAGAAGAUAACCUGUUGGGCAAAAUUGUAAACAAAAAAGACUCAUAGUGAUAGUGCUCGGAAUGACGUUACAUAUUAAAUAUUUAGGCUCGGCAUUUUUCAUGACAGUCAUUGAAUAAGGGGCGCCACCAUGCCCUCUCCAGCUGGCCUUGCACCCCAAUCAUGGGGCUGGGUCGACGUGCUGGGCCAGAGAAAGCUGAUGGGUGUUGGUGCUUUCUUAGCCUGGAUGGUCUUGUUCCACUUGCUGGUGAACGUGUGGCUGCUGUGCAUAUUCACAAGUUUCCUUGUUGUGCUGGGUGCCUGGCUCUUAUCUCAGGUGUUCCUCGAUUCAGACAGGGUCCUUCACCUGGAGCGGUUUGUCACCAUGGAGAGGGUUUCCUCCUCCGUAGACAGUGAGCAGCUGCUCGACCGCGAGAUCGAAAACACCGUCGCCAAGAUCAUCCGCGACUUUGUGUCAUCUUGGUACAGCACUGUGUCCCCAGAGCAUGAGUUCGAGAACGAGGUUCAGAGAGCAAUGAUCUCCAUGGCGAUGGAGCUGAAGCUUCGCAGCAAGAGGGUGGACACAAAAGCUUUAACACAGAGGACCUUGGAUCUGCUUGGAUGUCACCUUCAGAGCUACAUGAGCGCUAAGGGAAACCUGGUGGAUGCACAACUACAGCAAGAUGACAACUCCCAAGACGUUAUGUGGAAGCUCUAUUCUCAAGAGAGCACUCCUCACCCAGCCCUUCAGAGCUCUGCCGUUGAGGUGAAUUACGCCAGGGCGAUUGUGGACUUGCUUUUGCACGUGCUUGUUCCAGCGCCCCACCUGGAAACUCGAACGGGAAGAUUUGUGGUGGGAGAGCUCAUCACCUGUAACGUCCUCUUGCCCCUCAUCACGAAGCUCUCGGACCCCGACUGGCUCAACAUGAUGAUCGUGGAGAUCUUCGCGAAGGCCGUUGAUCCUGUCCCAAAGCCGACUGGCGCCGAGGAAAUUCUGCACCUUCAAACUCCCCCGGAACCAGCACCUCCACAGGAGACGGAGGCGCAUCCUGUUCCUAAAGUACCCGAGAAGUCAAACGGGCCGAGUAAAGCAGACGACCUCGCUGCUGAGACACCCACUGCAGAUGUCGUAGACUCUGUAGAGAACUGCUCUCACCAGGACACUGACGAGGACCCUUCCAGGCCGGUGGCUGAUUUUACAGCAGCAGGACUUGCUCCCAUUGCGGUGCGGAGGCCAAUGGAUUUCCUGAGGCCCGGCAAGUCCAACCCUUUCUAUCACGAGAACGAUUCUGAUCUGGACUCUCCUCUCACCGAGCUCAAGAAAAGCUCCACGGAGUCCCUCAUCCUCAUCAGUCCCAUCUUCGAGCGUGCGGACGAUCCGAAGGAGGACGCCGCCGAGGCGGCGCUGGAGGGCAUCGUGGACCUCGAGGACGAGCUGUCGGAGUUCUCGGGGAUGCCGGAGCUGUCCUGCCCCAAGGUUCGUGUCUCUGACGAACUCAGAGCCUCCGUGUCAGACGUGGGGAAGAUCGAAGAAGUGUCCAGCUUCUGCACCCUCCACGAGCUGGAGGAGGAAACCCCCACUGGGUCUAAGACCUCGCUGGGCGUGGACCCGCAGCAGGUAGCCGCGAUGGCGGUGAGCCCGAACGAGCUCACAGUGAUGGCACCGCUACUGGCUUCCUCACCAUCUGGGGGCUCUUUCACCUUUGACCCUCUCAGCAGCCCUGAAGGCCCGGUUAUCAUCCAGAACCUCCGCAUCACGGGGACCAUCAUAGCUAAGGAGCACAGGGGUACCGGUUCCCACCCUUACACUCUGUACACGGUGAAAUAUGAAACAGCGCUGGACUCCGAUAACCCCUGCACUGUGCAGCCUGUGGCUUACCACAUGGUCAAUCGCAGAUACAGUGAAUUUCUCAACCUGCAAACCCGCUUGGAGGAAAAACCGGAACUACGCAAGAUCAUUAAAAAUGUUAAAGGUCCAAAGAAGAUCUUUCCAGAUUUACCAUUUGGAAACAUGGACACAGAUAAAAUUGAAGCCAGGAAAAACUUACUGGAAAAUUUUCUCAAGCAACUCUGUUCCAUCCCAGAAACUGCCAACAGUGAUGAAAUGCAAGAAUUUCUUGCCCUCAAUACAGAUGCAAGGAUUGCCUUUGUGAAGAAGCCGUUCAUUGUGUCACGGAUAGACAAGAUAGUGAUGAAUGCUAUAGUGGACACGCUGAAGACAGCCUUCCCUCGCUCAGAGCUGCAGAGUCCCACGGAUGACGUGGAAGUAGAGACGGACGGCAAACUGACCUCUGACAAGAAGUCCAAGUCACGACUGAGGUUCUCCAGUAAAACUGCCCCCGCUCUGAUUGUAACAGAUAUCAUGCCGAAAGUGUUGUACUGCUUUGAUGAGGCAAGCACGGUGUUCAAUGGUCUCUCAGUGGCUGGACUGGAGACCUUCAUUCAGGAGCAGGAGAUUCUUGUGAUCAAGACUAGUUUACAGGAGACCGUCUCUAAAGGAGAGG